AUGGCCUCCAACGACGCCAAAUCAACAGCAGAAGCGUUCUUGAGCAAGUUCUCCCGAGGCCAAACAUUUGUCCGAAAACAGCUGUUGGAUGCCAACCAGCUACGGCUUUUCUCCCUCACACUGGAUAGACCGCACCUAUGGUCCAGCUCCGGCACGUCAGGCGGCAGCACUCUGGAAGAUGAAGAACCGCUAUCUGGCACACCCAUCCCAUCCUAUUACCACCUUGUCUACUUCACCCCGGCCCAACUACCGGGCAGACUAGGCCUUGACGGGACGGACACCUCAUUCAAUCCGGACGCACCAUUUACGCGGCGCAUGUGGGCUGGUGGAUCUUGUCACUGGGUCGGAGCAAAUCCGGACGCGAGCGCAAAAGCCUUGCUCAGGGUCGGAGAGAUGGCCACAGAGACUACGAAGGUGCUCAGCUGCGAACCAAAGGUGAUUGGCAAAACAGGCGAAGACAUGUUGGUGGUCCGGGUCGAAAAAGAAUUUCGUAACGCCAAAGACGAGCUUUGUGUCGUUGACCGCCGAAACUGGGUGUUCAGAACUGCCCUGGACCCAACAAAGCCAGCCACCGUAAUCCCGAAGCCAGCCGAAUUACCAGCGUCGGAGCUAGAGCAAGCAGACAAGGGAAAGAUUGUCCAGGAGUACAGCCGAGAUGAGGCGACACUGUUUAGGUUUUCAGCAUUGACGUUCAACGCCCAUCGAAUCCACUACGACAAGCCAUGGGCCAGGGACGUGGAAGGACACAGAAAUGUGGUGGUUCAUGGGCCCUUGAAUUUGAUGGCCAUGCUGGAUCACUGGAGAGAUGCCAAAGCUGCUACUUCCCAAGACGGCAUUUUCUAUCCUGAGAAGAUUGAGUACCGAGCCACCAGCCCGGUCUAUGCAGGGGAGGCAUACCGUGUCACGAUGGACGAAGGCGCGGUUCACCAGAAGGUUGCUGAUGUCAAUGUUGUCAGCAACGAUGGGACUACUUGCAUGAGAGGAGCCAUCAGCAAUUGGUCAUAG